GCCUCUUAGAAACAGAGGAUCAGAAAGAGGUAUUCAAAUCCUCCACCACAAUACCUACAGCCCUCCUAAGAGCAGUCAGGGUCUUUCUGUCCACCUGACUUGCCGUCCACGCGGAACUCACGGAGAGAAUCUGCUGUCCUUCCUUGGUUUUCUGUCCGCUCUUCCUGUUUUCGUUGGUGAUCCAGUCCCUCAUGGCUCAUCGGUGCUUCCGCAGUGAAUAUUUUGACAGUCUGCUGCAUGCUUGCAAACCGUGUCACCUGCGAUGCUCCAACCCUCCUGUGCCCUGUCAGCCUUACUGUGAUCCGAGCAUGGCCAGUUCAGUGAGAGAGACGUACACGGUGCUCUGGAUCUUCCUGGGCCUGACCUUGGCCCUCUCUUUGGCACUUUUCACACUCUCGUUCUUGCUGAGGAAGAUGAAUCCUGAGAUGCUGAAGGACAAACCUCAAAGCCCAGGGCAGCUUGACGGUGAAUGCCUACCUGCUUCUGUACCAUCAGGAUCCGUUCAGAUGGACAAGGCCAUCGAUGAGCUGACUAGAAGCAGGGCUGGUGAGCAGAGGACUCUUCCCCGCAGCCUGGAGUAUACAGUGGAAGAGUGCACCUGUGAGGACUGUGUCAAGAGCAGCUCCUACGGCGAUUCUGACCAUUUCUUCCCGCUUCCAGCCAUGGAGGAGGGGGCAACCAUUCUUGUUACCACGAAAACGGGUGACUACAGCAAGUCAAGUGUGCCAUCUGCUUUGCAAAGUGUCAUGGGGACAGAGAAGCCAACUCACACAAGAUAAUGAGCUUUCUAACCGGUGUGAAGUUGCUUGAGAACCUUCUGUCAGGAGAGCUGAUGCUUUAGAUGUCUUUACGAUGACCAUUUAUCAACCAAAAAUACAGCUUUUUGUCCUUUAA